AUGGUCUUAUACCUAACUGCUUCUCAGCGCCUUCCACUAAACAGAUUCCAAUUGAGAAUAAUUUCCAGAAUCCCCUUGUCAGUAGUUUCGAAACGAUCAAGGAGACUAGUGGAAUCCGCUCAUCUGAAAGGAAAACGAGUCGAGAUACGGAUUGAGUCGUAUUACACCGCAAAGAUAACAAUUUCAUUCAAUGACUACCAGGCGUACGCAUGGGAUUUCUUUAUCCCAGAAGCGUAUUCUAUUUCUUACGAAAACCGACGAAACAAGAAAAAGAAAAAAGAGAAACAAGAAUGUCGUAAACCAGGAUACGGACUAGGAGAUUGGAUAGACCUUCUACUUACAGUAACCCAUCACCGGAAUCUGAUUGAUAUGCUGGAGUUUACUGGGAUACCUCCAGAAUAUCCCAUUUUUAUUCAACGCAUUAGAAAUUAUCUCAAUGGAUGUGAAGUUCAUGAUCUUCGCGUAAAUGGUUGCGCUCAAGAACAAUGUUUUGAAAUUUUCAAAAUGUUUAUUCCUGUUAAGAGACUAUAUCUUCAAACUACUAUAUUCGAGGGAGGAGCAGAAUUAUUCAACGUAUUAAACCCUACCCAACAUGUUUUAUAUUAUCUAGAUCAGAGUUGA